CCUUUGUUAACGAUUGACUUGGAACAGAGCACUCACUCAAAAACUGAAUUAUUGAUCUUGUCUCCAGAAUCAAAUCGUCAAUAAGCAUUCCACAAUUUUUCGCAUACUUCGGUAUUUCUCAUGCGAGCAUCUGACCAUGAGGAAUACUCUACCCUCACUUCUGCGUGUCCCCUGUACGCAUGCUACGUUUAUCUGUGACUCGGCUGAACGUUGCCAUGAGAUUCGUCUGAUCCUUCCUGUGAUGCAGCCCAUUCGUUGUGUUGCAACUUUGACAUCACAGCGACUGACCAACAACACAGCCCCUUCUCAUGAUCUCAUAUCAUAUGAGCCGAGCGACCCGUCCAUUCCGACGUGCAUGUCUCGUUCAGUUGCUGUUUUACUCAUGCAGGCAUGAUGGAGUCACGAGUUUUGAGCCGCUAUUCACUUGAAGACCCCGUCGCA